AUUUUUUUUAUUUUAUUUAAAGUUCUCAUGGACUAAAAUCCAAAGAUAUAUCAUGUAUAUGCAUUGUUAAUUCACAUCAUUUUCAAGAAAGUUCGUAAAAGAAUAUUCGCUAGGUGGUUUAGUUUUUAACGGGUUCUUUUAGGUCGAUCGAUCAAUUAGACGGUUCAUUUGAUUUUUGGUCGUGAUCAUGCAUGUGUAACGAUCGAAUGAAUUCUGAAUUUAUUUGGCUUGAUUUCGAAAGUGUUUGCACUUUUUUAUUAAAAGAACAUUUGGAAAUGGUGAUACGUACUGGUGAGGUUGACGUGUAUCAAGUAGUAUAAAGGAAAGCUUUGAAGAUUGGUGUAACUUGAUUAAAUUCUCUUUUGGCUGUUUUUAUCCUUAUCAUCUUAGAUUGAUUCUCGUCAUCUAAAAACCGGAUGUGCCUUCAUUUUUUAAUAUCAUGUAUCAGCGAGGCAUGGUCCCAUUUGCAAAUUGCAAGUGUAUGUUGUAGUCUCAUUUAUCCUUUUAAUCGCGUGUAUCGUAGAGACUAGAGAAGAUGUAACGCUCGUAUAUAUCUAUGGAGAUAAUAGAUUCCAAGUCUAGCAUCUUCAAGGACUCGAAACAUGUCUACUUUUAAUCUCAUUAAGCAUCGUCUCAAGGGCGUGUUGCUUCCUCACGUUGGCUAGCCAAUCUUUAAUUAUAUAUAUGCUUGCAUCUCUCUAACAAAUUUCAUCUCCUUUUGGAAUGAUUUUGAGAAUACAAAUUAAUGUGUCACUUUCAAUGACCGCGUUAUGUUUAAGUAGUCUUAGUUAUUUGAUUCUUUGAUUCAAUUUAGAUAUCGUGACCAUGAUUGAGAUGAUCAACAUCUUGUUGGAAUCUAUGUGUGUAUAUAAAUUAUGUUGAGGUCUCUUAUGAAUUGUGACAAUUUUAUGGGUCUAUUCUGUGCUUCAAAUUUUUUAUUUAAAACGGGUAUUUGUAUCAAGGACCAAGUGUCGAGCCCAUUAAGUGCUCAAAUAUUGGAGUUCUGUGAAUCAGAGUUAUUCCCAGAGACGAUACAAAACUCAGAAGUUGCUUCGAGCUCAAAUUAUUGCUAUGAAGAUCAAUCCUCAUACACCACUAACCUCUCCUUCCCUCCCGAUAUAAUCAAAUACCCAACUCCGAUAGACAACGCAACUAAAAUUGCAAAGUCGAACAACACCUUCUCCAUAAUCUUUGAUGAAGAAAUAACCGAAAACAGUCUAGACUUCACAACCUCUCCAAAUCACAGCCUCCCUCAAUACCAGUUUGGACAUCAUGACCAGUUUGAUCUCUCUUUACUCCAAAACCAAAUCCCAGAUCACAACGACGCCAUCAAUGGCCAGAUUCAGGCAUAUCAUCAUCCUCACCCAAAAGAUCAUGUUGUCCCUAAAAUGGGACCCGUAUUGCCCACAGUUUGUGAAGAUGAUUGCUUAUCUUCUAUGCCACCUUCAAAGUUCAUGCGCUUGAAUAAAACUUCCUCACCUAAUUGCUCGUUCAUAGAUCCGGUGGUGACCUCCUACCUAUCUGGGAACUCGAACCCUCCUAUUGAAAGCUCAGGGAUCUUCAAUGGGAAUUUCUUCUUAGGGAAUGAAAUUCAACCUCAUGAUUUAGAUUUUAAGGGAGACAAUGGUAGCAUCUUUUGUCCAGAUCCUUUACCACGAGCUUACAAUCCUAAUGAACUUCAGGCCCUUAGUAGCGAAAGCCAUCAUCUUGUAAAUGGAAGUGGGAGUUGUGCUACGCAAUUAGCCUCAGAAAUCACAAGUUUGGAAACUGAUACGUUUAGAGUCGCUAGUAAACUCACUACUGAAGAACGCAAAGAAAAGAUCCAUAAAUACAUGAAGAAAAGAAACGAGAGAAAUUUCAGUAAGAAAAUCAAGUAUGCAUGCCGAAAAACUUUGGCAGACAGUAGGCCCCGAGUGAGAGGAAGGUUUGCGAAGAACGAUGAAUAUGGAGAGAACAAUAGAACGACAUGCAACAACCACGAAGAAGACACAGAUGAAGACAUAAAAUCAUUUCGGGUGGUUGUAAAGGAAGAGGAGGAGAAUUUUGAAUCUUCAGACAUCUUUGCACAUAUCAGUGGAAUGAAUUCAUUCAAAUAUAACUACUCGAUUCAGUCUUGGAUUUGAACAACUCAAAGGAAAUAGUCGUUGCAUGAAUCAUUGUGUAGAGGGUUUGAGAAGUAGACUGACGAUGAUACACGAUGACUAUGAUAUCACCUGCAUUCUACACAAUAAUUAACGGACUCAGAUUCAUUAAAAGUAUUCAUCUAUGUAGUUGUAGUUAUGUAAUUAAUUAUAUGCUAGUAUGGUACCUAAUAAGCAGUGCCAUUUUGUAUAUACAGUCUUAUAUAUACAAAAAAAAUUAUAAAUUUUGAUUUUUUUUAAUUUAAGAUUUGGAGAUUGUGUAUGUUCAGGAUAGCAGUCGUGCAGAUUCCUCGUACC